AUGGCUGAUAAGCUAUCCGUGAGUGAUAGUGUAACUAAAGUUUAUCAAUCUGCCCGUGAUGGUUCUUCUAAUCUGACUGAUCUUUUAAAGCGGCUGAAAACUGAACAAAGAAAAACCGCUUUGGAAACGAAAAUUAAAGAUGGCAGCCAUUUUGUCACUCCUCUCAUCAUCGCUGCUCACAAUGGACACCUGAAUUCUGUAAAGAUUCUUCUACAAUAUGGAGCAGACAUCGAGGAUCGAGGAACGCUUAAAACAGGAGACGAAGUUAUAGAGGGUUGUACACCUUUGUGGGCCGCUGCUGAUACCGGUCAUCUUGAUGUUGUGAAACUUUUAAUCGAAAAAAAUGCAGAAGUUGACGGCAGAACAUCGACCGGUUCGACUCCAUUGAGGGUUGCUGCCCACGAAGGACACCUUGACACUGUGAAAUGUUUGGUUGAGAGCGGAGCCGAUGUGAAUGCACGCACUAUCAUUGAGGACACCCCUCUAAUGGUAGCGUGCUUUUGCGGCCACUUAAGUGUUGUUACUUAUCUUAUUGACAAAGGCGCUUUUAUGGAUCUGCAAAACAAAGAUGGCAGCACUGCACUUCACUAUGCUGCUCAGUGGGGUCACUUUGAGAUUGUCAGUGAACUUUUGGCUCUUGGAGCAUUACAACUGCCAAAUAAUCAAGGUUUAACACCUCUUCUCUAUGCCUGUAAUCAAUGUUCCAUUGAAAUGGUGGAGCAUAUUAUCAAAAGACCGGAAUGUACAAAGGAACAGAGAAUUAAUGCUCUUGAACUUCUUGGUGCCACCAUUGCUAUUGAUCGACCUCGUGACACUGAGAAAGCGCUUAGUUACAUGAAACGUGGGAUGGAGGAGAGGUACGAAGACUUGGCACAUCCACUGCUUAAAACGAGAAUGGAACCUGUGGAAGCUUACCAAAGUAGAAAAGAGAGUCAGACUCUAGAGGAAGUUGCUCUGUUAGAAGGUGAUGAUACUGAUGAUCAUGCUAUUGGCAUGGAAGGACUAAUAAUCAGAGAGAGAAUCCUUGGGCCCGACAAUCCAGCAAAUCUGCCCUCAAUCAGGUACCUGGGAGCUGUUUUAGUUGACUUAUACGAGGAGUACGAGCUUUGUAUUGGUUUGUGGCAACGAUGCAUGGAGAAAGCCAUAAACUGCGAUUUUCCGAUAAUAAAAGAUCUUAAAAGCUUCCCGGCUUUAUUCGGAGAAAUGUUAAAAAAAGGUAAAAUUUUAAGACCAAAUUUCAUUGAAGACGUGUUUGAAAUACUAGUUGCUGCAAGUGAGAAACAAACCGAAAAACGUAUGUCUAAAAAUUUACAAGAGCGGCAGGAAAACGAGGAGCAAGAAAAAACGCUUUACUGUGCUCUCUAUCUUUUGGUAAUAUACAUCAAAGUUAAAGGUCAAAACGCCAACAUGAUUGACUUUCUUCAAAGAUUCCUGCUUUUAAACCCUCUCACGAAUGAUGGAAAUACUCUACUGCACUUAGUUGCGUGGCAUGAAACACCAUUUUUUUCAUUUAAAGAAGAAACUCUUCGUAGUGUGUGCAAGCUUCCCUGUAUUGAGACCAUGAAGCUUAUCUUACACGCAGGGUGUAAUGUAAAAGCCGUUAACACCGAGGGUAACACACCUCUCCAUCUAGCUGUGAAGUAUAAACCUGCUAAGCCUGAAGAUGUCGAGAUUUUGAGAGAAAUGCUGCUGUUAUUGUUAGAUAUGGGUGCAGAUCCAAAGCUAGAAAACAAAAAUGGUCAAACACCACUGCACAGCUGUGAGACUGACGAGGCUCGUAGAAUACUGUCAGAGAAAAGAGGACUGAGUGCCAUGAACGUCGACGUCGGAGAUGUAAGUAAUAUUAACAUAUUAUAAUUUUGCGAAAAUCAUUUCUCUGUCUCGAAAUAAGAGAGUACUUUCUUCCAAGUCCGUAUGUUGUGUUUAUGAUAAUACGUCACGCUUGUCUGCCCGUCCCUAUCUCUGCUAUCUAAACGCCUGGAGCAGGCUGAAUUUCCAAAGUCGUCUCGUUUCGAAUGAAAAGAUCCAUUUCAAUCAUUGAUAGUGGCAUGUACAGAUAGCCUGCGAACCGUAGACGUAUUUCGGUGGUCUACGACGCAUGAUAUAACAAGCGGGCGCGCGUGUAUGUUUUAAAGCGGUCCAAUUGUUUUUCCGGCAAUGCAAUUUACUAACUAAGAACUGUCAUGAACCGUUCGAUUGACGUUUGCGAAAAAUAAUUCACACUGAAUUCAAAGUUUUCCAAAUAAGAAGUUCAAAGAACAAAUUAAACUGAAAAGCGUCAGGCUAUCACUAACACAUUUUUGUAAAUAUCUUUCGCCUGCGGCGGGAAAGGGAGUUUCCCAAUUUCCUGUUUCAUUUUUCCCCUCGUACCGUCUCUGCCAUUUUUUUGCCCCCUUCCACUAAACAGAGAGCCUGGUUACCAGGCUACUCAAGUACCGUUUUCGUGACGGAUUUAUGACAGAACGUGGUUUAGGGGCUGCUAAUAAAAAAAAAAAACAGUUUAAAUAGUUUAGGAUAUAGUACGUUUAUUGUACUAAAUCACUUUAGUAUCAUCUGAGGAGGCAUGUCUUUCUCUAUUCUCAAAGGCUGGAAAAAUCGGAAGUGGAAAUGAAGAGAGGAGAGAAAGAGGAGGAUUUGUUCCACGAACAGAAAAGGAUCUUAAUGAAAACACUCAAAAGGAGACUAAAACAAAGGAAAUAUCAGGUAUUAAUAUAAGAGAAUUUAACUAAGGGAACAAUUGGUUAAAGCGAAUAAUUGUACCCGGGUCAUUGAACUCCACUGAUGAGCCGUUAGGCGCCAUUUUAGGUGAGGUGAAAAGAGAGAGUGUGUUUUAAAUAGAGAGGCUGGGGCCAAUUGCCCCAUAUGGCGGAUCCCUCAUCGUUCGAGGCGGUAGAAGAUAUUUGGACUGUUCUUAUAGUUAUGGACAUAAUACAUAUAUGAUCAACAAAAAUAAACAACAACAACAACAACAACAAUCAAACGAAAUGUAAUUUUUGUUUGUAAAUAAAAGAAAAAUAAGGCCAGCCCAUGAGUGUAACCACGAGAACAACAGGAGAGGAGACUGAAUAUUUUAAACGGAAGUAAAAAGUAUUAAACAGUCAAGCAACAUACCAGGUAUGUUAUGUUGAGAUCAAAUACCUUGGGUCUAAAAUUAAAAUAAAUAAAAGUAAAUUGAGAGGAAUCCCCCUUUAGAAUGAGUCAACUAUAGAAGAUUCUUCUCUAGGAAUAAAUCUAUCAUAAAAACAUGAAAACAACGAUAACUUAAAUUUCUUUAUCAAAACUUACAAAAUAGGGACACUAAGCUGAAUAUAUGGCAAACAAGAUACCUCACUUUAUUUGGGCGCACAAUGCAAUGUUGGUUAAGACCCUAGGCUUAUCCAAUUUAGUUUAUGCAGCCUCUAUGCUGCGUAUUCCUGAAAUGGUUAUUAAAGGGUACAAGAAAAAAUAACAAAAUUUUGGUGGAAAAACAAAAGUGAUGAAUAAAAAGAUCUUUUAUAUAUCAAUCUCUGUCAAGCGGUUGACUUAACUUUCCUAACUUUCGCACAGUGGUUAAAUCUUUAUUCUUGAGCUGGCUCGGCAGGCUUUUAAACCGUACAAAUAAAUCAUGGCAAGCAAUCCCAAAUGACUCCUUUAAGAGAUAUGGAGGGUUACCUUUUUUAUUGAAGUGUAAUUAUGAUUCUAACCUCGUAGACAAACGACCUCCUCUCUUUUAUAGUGAAAUGUUGGAUAAUUUUAAGGAACUGCGUACAGGUCACCCUGAUGUCUAUAGAAGUGAAUUAGUUCUUUGGGAUAACAAGGAAAUCACGAUAGAGAAUAAAUCUAUAUUUUGGGCACAUCUUUUUGAGAAAGGAAUCUCUUUUGUUCAAGACUUAUUAGCCAAAACGGAAAAUUCUUGUCCCUUGAUAAUUUACCAGUUAAAUAUAACGUUCACCUGAAAUUUCUUCAAUAUUUUCAACUUAUCGCUGCGAUUCGAAGUUGCUUGAAGAAAACAGCUCAAGAAAUUGCCGUAACGAAAAGAGACCUACUUAAGGAAGAAGAGGUUUUUUACUUUUCUGACAAUAGACCUCUCUCCCUGACUAAACUGAGAUGUAAGGACUACUAGUAUUUAUUUCAGGAAGGUAAAACUACAGAGCCUACUGCUGUUAAACGCUGGUCUAGCUUCUUUCCUUACUUUGCCACUAGCUGGAAGCAGUCUUUCAAUUCAAUUUGUAAAUCGACUAAAGACAAUAAAUUAAGAGAAUUCGUUUAUAAAAUUCUGCAUAGAAUUUUAGUAACCAACAAAGGAAACCAAAUUCAGAAUCACAAAUGAUGAUCUUUGUGAUCAGUGUAAGACUCCUGAUUCACUGGAACACACCUUCUUACAAUGCCCUGCAAAUGUUAAAUUUUAUUAUGAAAUCUUAUCAUGGUUUAAUGUUUCCCACAAUUAAUACUGUUAUUAAUCUUUCCCCGGAGCAAAUUCUGAUGCAGAAAUAUAUCCCUGGUCCUAUAAAUGAUAACCUCAGACGCCGACUAGAACUAAUCAUCCUGUGUAUGUAUACAGUUGUAAAACUAAUGUGGUACCCCUUAACUGUACGCAAUUUAUUAAUAAUUUCAAAACACAAUGGAAAAUAGAAAGUUUCACUUAAAGUAAUUAUUUUCUCUCUUAGCCUUCUCACAUGUAAUUAACUAAUAAUUAAGUUAAUAAUGCAAAUUGUAAGCAAUGACAUUAUAAAUUAGUAUUACGUAUGUUGAUGUAAGUAAUUUCCAUUUACUUUUUUUUGUUCUCUUUCCUUUUAGUGUUUCUGUAUUUUUUUUUUGUUUUUCAAUGUCAUUAUUGCAAAUAAAAAUUAAAACAAUUAGAAGAUUCAGUCUCUAUAAGUUUGAUCCUCUCUAGAUGUUAGACUAAGGUCACUGAGCGUGAGAUCAAGGAAAAUUGUCUCUUUUUUAUGCUGUGAGACAAAGCAGAAAAUGGCGUACUUCUAUCUUUAUUUCUUUUAGGACAAUUGAUGGAGUUGAGACAGCAGAUGGAAAGUGUCCAAGAGCAACUAAGACAGAGAGACGGACAACUAAGCGAGGCGACACAACAGCUGACAAAUGUUCAAGGGCAGCUACGGGAGAGAGAUGGAGAAUUGAGGCAGAUGACACAGCAGCUGACAAAUGUUCAAGGGCAACUACAGGAGAGAGAUGGAGAAUUGAGGCAGAGGACACAACAGCUGACAAAUGUUCAAGGGCAGCUACAGGAGAGAGAUGAAGAAUUGAGGCAGAGGACACAACAGCUGACAAAUGUUCAAGAGCAACUACAGGAGAGAGAUGGAGAAUUGAGGCAGAGGACACAACAGUUGACAAAUGUUCAAGAACAACUACAGGAGAGAGAUGGAGAAUUGAGGCAGAGGACACAACAGUUGACAAAUGUUCAAGGGCAACUACAGGAGAGAGAUGGAGAAUUGAGGCAGAGGACACAACAGCUGACAAAUGUUCAAGAGCAACUACAGGAGAGAGAUGGAGAAUUGAGGCAGAGGACACAACAGUUUACAAAUGUUGAACGACAGCUGCAAGAAAAAGAUGAAGAAAAUACUUCCUUGGAGGAACAACUGAGGGUAAAAGAACAAGAAGUGAAUGAACUAGAGAUAUCUCUUUCAACAGCUCAGCAAGCGUUACGUGGACAUCCACGCCAACAGUCACCUGACUGGGUCAUUUCUCGUGAUCAAAUUCAGCUGACAGACAAAUGCCUUGGCAAGGGAGGCUGGGGGAGUGUUGUCGAAGGUAAGUAUUGUGGCUGCACUGUUGCCGUCAAACAGAUUUACGAUGUGCUUCUGAGCCUCUCCCCCCAUAACAGAAAAUUGUUUGAACGAGAAAUGAGCAUCGCUUCAAAAUGCCGCCAUCCUUGUUUGCUGCAAUUCAUUGGAGCAACAAACGAUGAAGGAAGUCCUCUGUUUGUGACAGAGCUCAUGGAAUCGAGUUUACGAAAACUGCUGGAGCAGCGAUCUCUUUCAACAACUGAAGUGGCUGUUAUUUCUCUGGACGUGGCUCGAGCAUUAAAUUACUUACAUCAAAAGAAACCACGUCCUAUUAUCCACCGCGAUAUCAGCAGCGCCAAUGUGUUGCUAUGGAGACAAGCUGACCAAUGGCGAGGCAAAGUGUCGGAUUAUGGUGCUGCUAAUAUUAUGCAGCAUACCAUGUCAGUUUGUCCAGGUGCUGCAGUAUACAGUGCUCCUGAAGCGUUUACCAAAAAUCAAACAGUGAAGGUAUGUUGUGCAACUCAUGUAGCAUUAUGGUAUCCCUACGAGAUAUCAGCAGCGCCAAUGUGUUGCUAUGACAACAAGCUGACCAAUGGCAAGGCAAAGUGUCGGAUUAUGGUCCUGCUAAUUUUAUGCAGCAUACCAUGUCAGUUUGUCCAGGUGCUGCAGUAUACAGCGCUCCUGAAGCGUUUACUAAAAAUCAAACAGUGAAGUUGUGUUUGUACUUGUUAUUGUUUCAAGUGUGAUUUUUAUCCCUGCGAGAAACCGAAGUAAAAUCUACAUGUUUUUAAAUAUAUAUUUGUUCAUGGGAUGAUGAACCUCUAGGCCUUUUGAGGCUUGUGCCAGACUAAGCUAUAUACUACACAAUCUGGAUCAAAAGACCGAAGAUUGAGCUAUUCGGGAAAAAGGUUAAAGACUCCAAUGGUCGAGUUCGGUCGUCGAGCACCGAAUGGAAUAUAAAAAAAAUGAUGCAUAAAAGAUUCAUUAGUCGUUCUAUAAUAAUCCGAGUCCUUGGAAGUAAUAAAACCUAUGUCCUACUGAUUACCGCCUAGGAUUGGUAACUUCGGAAGUGACGUGAGUUGUGUGUGUAUAGAGAAGUCAAAUGAUGCAUAUGGUGAUAAGUAUUUUUGUGGAACUAUAGUGUCGUUAACCAGAAACCCCUUAUGAGUUUCUGCGUUAACUAAAUAUGCCUUUUUUUAAUUAUCAUCAUUUUUUUUUGUCUUCAGGUUGAUGUUUACAGUUUUGGUGUUCUCCUCUGCGAAAUUUGCAUCAGAGAACUGCCAAAUCCUGACAGGCGUGACGAGCAAGUUGCCAUGGUAACAAACCGCAUGCUUCGAGCUCUUAUCCGGGGAUGUUUGCAUCAAGAUCCUCAAGAGAGACCUAAUAUGGAAGGCAUCAUCGGUGAACUAGAAAAACUAGUUUAA